AACCGCUAUCUUACCUAAUUACUUUGUUUUGGUUUCAAUCGGGCGAGGGCGCGUAUCUAACUCAUCCAGACAGCUGUCCAGCAGUCCAAACGUAGUUUGGAUCUUACAGUUCUAAACAAAUAUUUGGUCGAAUUCGUUUGGCUUUCGUUUCGUUGAUUCCAAUCAUCGUCUCUGGGAAUAUCUGGUUGUUCGCUUCCGAUGCCAAACAAUCGUCGAAGGAAAUUAAGUCCAAGGCUUGUGGAUGUUAAAAGAGAUGAACAAAAGGAUGGAUCCCCUCAAUCAAGGCAAGUGCCUUCUGAUGCUUCUAUGUGUCAUGGUUCAUAUUCUAAUAAGGACGAUUGUAAUUAUAGUGAAUCUAGUUGUGAUAUAAUGGCAGAUGGCAUAGAGAAUCUUAAUUUAGACGUGAAGCAAGCAAAAGCGUAAGGCCUACGGCGUUUUCAUAGGUCCAGAGUUACCAAAGGUUGAGUUAAGUUAUUUUGACGGUCAACCAAGAGGUUACUGGAAGUUUUUAAGGGAGUUUGAGACCUAUGUGGAAUCAAGGGUCAAGGAUGAUGGUCAACGCUUGCUUUAUUUGAUACAUUAUUGUAAGGGUAAAGCGAAAACAGCCAUUGAGGGUUGUGUUAUGUUGGAAGCCUCUUUUGGUUACAAGAAGGCCAAAGAAAUUCUAAAACGGUUGUUCGGACAGGCGCAUGUAAUCGCUCGGGAGACUUUAGAGGACUUAUUCAAAACUACAAAUGUUGAUUACAGUGAUCCUGAGCAACUAACAAAUCUAGCUAUUAGAAUGGAAAAUUGUUCUAUGGUUUUGAAACAGAUGAAGUAUACUGCCGACUUAAAUUCUCUAAUUACCUUAGAGAGAAUAGUAGGACUCUUACCUCAAGUUAUGCAAGCCCAGUGGGCGGACUGGGUGGGUGAAUUGACUGAAGAUAAUAGAGAACCAACCUUUGACGAGCUUACCCAAUUUAUAGCAUCCCGCGCGAGAGUAUCUAAUAGUAGGUUUGGACGGUUAGCGAAUCGUCCGAGAAAGGGAUACAACUUAAAGACAAAUUGUCACUUGCAAUUAGAGCAGGAGAGUAACUCGAGAGCUAAAUGCAGGGUGUGUUCCCAGGACCAUGCUAUUUAUAAAUGUCCAAAAUUUUUAGCGCUCACCGUUCAAGAGAGAUGGUCUCAAGCAAAAGUUAAUGGCAUCUGUUUUGUCUGCCUUAGGCAAGGGCAUAAAGUUAAUGAAUGUAAGCUGGCAAAACGUUGUAACGUUAAUGGUUGUGAGAGGAAACACCAUUCUUUGUUGCACAGCGAGAGUGAGAAACCUGAUAUCCCGAAUUGUUGUGGAUUUACUAAAUCCCUAAGUAGCCAAGUGUGCCUAGGAAUGAUUCCUGUACGGUUGAGGUUGGGAAAUGCCGAAAUGGUAGGUUAUGCUUUGUUGGAUAACGGGUCGGAUGUAACGCUGAUAAAAUCUAGCUGUUUGAGGUAUCUCGGGCUGAAGGAAGACCGAGCGUCAGUGGUAGUAGAGACUGUGGGUGGUAAUAGGACAAUGCCGGUCACAAAGACCCCUUUUGAGGUAUAUUCUCUAGAUCGGUCAGGACAUGUUACGAUCGAAGGAGCUCUGAUUGUGGCAGGUAUACCAGGUCAUAAGCCAACAAGGUCGGCAGUGAACAGCCUAGUUAAGUGGCCACAUUUAAGGGAUGUACCAAUAGAUAACUUAGACUCUGAAGAAGUUCUGCUGUUGAUUGGUUGCGACGUACCAGAAGCACACUGGGUGUUAGACCAGCGGUUGGGUGGAAGAAAAACCCGUACGCUGUGAAGACGUUGCUGGGGUGGACGGUCUUCGGACCUGCGUCAUGUCCGGAAUAUAGGAAAAGAGUUGUCAAUCAUACUAGUAAGAUACAGACUUUGGAGAAUGAAAUACGUAAACUUUAUGAUGUAGAGUUUUCUGAUGUUAAUUCAAAGGAUAAAUCAGUAUCAAUAGAAGAUAAGGAGGCUAUAAGGAUUGUGGAAGGGAGCUUAAGCUUCGAAAAUGGUCAUUUUGCGGUUCCUGUACCAUGGAAAGUGAACUCAAAUAUGAAAGGGAGGAAUUAUGAAGUGGCAAACAAUAGACUACAGAGCUUGAAGCGUAGAUUGUUGAAAGAUGACAUUCUGUAUAUCAAGUAUACAAAAGGUAUUGAAAGUAAUUUUAUUAAGGGCUAUGCGGAGAAGAUCCCUGAAAUACAGUUGAGACCUAGUUAUCACCCCGGUGGUACUUACCUCACCAUGCAGUCUUAAAUCUGAAAAAGCCAGCGAACUUUGCCUUGAAUAAGGCGGCCCGAAUAUUCUCUGAUGAUUAUGUUGUAGAUUAUGUCAAGAAUAAUUUCUAUGUCGAUGAUUGCUUGAUAUCCAUUCCCACCUGUGAUCAAGCAAAGAGUUUCGUUAAGCAGAUAAGUGAAUUAUUAUGUAGAGGAAGUAUGCAAAAAAUGACCGAUCUUGAAUAUUGGUUCAAAUGUCCUACUUUAUUUCAUGGUGAAUUUUAUAUAACAAUCACUGAAUGUCCGGAACCUACUCCUGAAGAUAUUGAGUUUAGAAAAACUGCUGUGGUCAACUUGAGUAGUAUAAAGCACAACAUGUCACCUAUUCUCUCUUAUUACUCCGAGUGGUUGAAAUUAGUUAGGGCCGUAGCCUGGCUUAGAAGGUUCAUAGAAUUUCUGAUGGUGCUUCGUUCACCGAGUCAUGAAGGAUCCGCUCAUCUAGGAUGUUUAAAGGUCAAGGAACUUGACAUCGCCAAGCGUAAAAUUUUAUUGAUGGUUCAGAAAGAAGUGUAUGGAGAAAUACUUAGUGGAUUUAAAAACAAUGGUAAAGUAGUUAGUCACAAUGGUCUGAAGGGCUUAUCACCGAUAAUGCUUGAUGGGUUACUCUGCGUUGGAGGUCGACUAAGCUACUCAGAUUUCUCAAAUGCCUUUAAACAUCCAAUAAUAUUGCCCAGUCGACACUUAGUGACAGGAAUGAUAAUUAGACAUUAUCAUAAGGAACAAGGUCACACAGGAACGUCACAAGUGCUAGCCACGAUUCGAAAAAGUUAUUGGAUAAUAAAAGGAACCGGCACGGUUAAGAGAGUGAUAGGAAAGUGUGUGAUCUGCCGGCGGUAUACGAUGGUUACAGGGCAACAAUUGAUGGCACCACUUCCAGCUUGUAGAGUGCAACAAGGAUGGUAUAGCUUCUCAGCCGUGGGAGUAGACUACUUUGGACCCCUUUUUGUCAAAAGAGGAAGAUCAUCAGAAAAAAGAUAUGGAUGCGUAUUUACUUGCUUGCAAACCCGAGCAGUACAUAUUGAAAUGACACAUAGUUUGAAUACUGAUUCGUUUAUAAUGGCCUUGUUACGUUUUAUUGGAAGAAGAAGGAAACCUCCGGAGAUUUACAGUGAUAGUGCGUCAAGCUUCAUGGGAGCAGAUUCUGAGUUAAGGAGGUUUGUGCAACAGUCGAAUCAGCAGAAGAUAAAUAUUGAAUUGUCAGCGAGGUCCUCAUCCAACUGCAUGGGUGUAAUUUGGGGAAGAGUGAUUAGGUCUAUACCAAGACUGUUAUUGUUGAUCACAAGAGAACAGGUGAAGCAGGUCUCCUUGAAGCUUUGGAUUAGUCUUUGUUGUUAUUAACGUAGUGAGGUCGAGUAGGCGUACUGUUGUAAGUCCUACUCGUUCCUAUGGUGUGAUAUGUUAUAUAAUGAACCAUGACCGUAGGCAUCAAGGUAGCUUGUGUGGUAUGGAGGGAUUUUGGGGGCCGGUGUAAGAUCCAUUUUGAAUGUGUUGUGUGUUGGUGAAAAUCCCUCCAUGUAUAUACUUGUACUUUGUUCCUAUUGAUUCCCUUAGUUGUACAUUGUUGUAUUUUGAUUACAUUUGAGUUGUUAAUACUUGUAUUUUUUAUUAUAGUUUUUGUUUUCUUACGCAUUCACUAAGUUUGUGUUUCUUCCUGAACUGCAUCUGUGUUGUUUUACUUGACACUUGUUCUUGGCGGUAGCCAUAUUGAAUUGUUCCUCCUGUUGUGUGUGAUCUAUCCAGCCAGGAUAGAAUAACGUUGAUUUGUUGUGAUUGAUUUGAUCAAUUGAACAAUUAUUGGUUGGAUAGCUGAGUGGUUAUAUUUGUUUAGAACCGCUAUCUUACCUAAUUACUUUGUUUUGGUUUCAAUCGGGCGAGGGCGCGUAUCUAACUCAUCCAGACAGCUGUCCAGCAGUCCAAACGUAGUUUGGAUCUUACAGUUCUAAACAAAUAUUUGGUCGAAUUCGUUUGGCUUUCGUUUCGUUGAUUCCAAUCAUCGUCUCUGGGAAUAUCUGGUUGUUCGCUUCCGAUGCCAAACAAUCGUCGAAGGAAAUUAAGUCCAAGGCUUGUGGAUGUUAAAAGAGAUGAACAAAAGGAUGGAUCCCCUCAAUCAAGGCAAGUGCCUUCUGAUGCUUCUAUGUGUCAUGGUUCAUAUUCUAAUAAGGACGAUUGUAAUUAUA